AUGCCAGAUCGUACUUUACGCCAGCUUGGAUUCAUUCAGGAGGUUCCCCAUCAUAUUUUGGAGCCGGAGUCUUGCUAUAGGCCUUCUGCUGGGGAUAGGUACAGGGUAGACUUCUCAUUUAUAGCACAGCGACAGACAUGGGAUUUAUUUCCACGUGCUUCACAGCUUAUGUUGGGUGGUCUGCAUAAGGCCCCACUUCCUUCGAUGGCGACAGAUGCUUACAUGCAGUGGUAUGAUGCGUACUCCCAUCGUUUCAUCAUUAACCCGACUGAGUUGCCAGAUGGUGGAGCCGGAUCAAAUUAUGUUGAGGGUUUGGUUCCAGAUCAGGUAUUAGCUUCGAUGUUCGGUAUGAUGGACCCGUUUAUUGAACGGGACACCAGUGAUCUGCCCGAUGAUUUUCGAGCAUUAUUUGAUGGACUGUUUGGGUGGUAUGAGGCAUGGAACCUUACCCGUGGUGUGGAUCGACGUCGGAGAACGUAGUCAUAUUUUGUAUUUUUAUUUGAACUAAUUAUCGAUUUAAUGAGAUUUGUAUUUUUAUUUGAACUUAUUGUUUUUCGGCUAUAGUGUAACGAUUUUAUAUGAGUGUUUAUUGUUUUUCUGCGAGUUAAUUGAAAACAUAUUUGAGUAUUUUUUGUUAUAAUUAACUGUCCUUUCAUUUAAUAGUACUAGCUUUAUAUGCACGCUAUGCGUGCGAAAUCACAUAAAAUAUAUAACUAUACCUAGUUCUAAGUACAGUUUUUAAAGCUUAAUAACUUUAUUCUAAUCAAUUGAACUAUUAACAAUCAUUAGUAACCUUAUUGGAUUUUAUAUCAAUAUGAUUACCAUGUAUGAAUAUUUUUUUAUAUUUCUAUCUAAUACUAACUAUAAAUUUUAAGUGAUUAUUUUUUUAUAUGUAUUUUAACAAUGAUUAGUAAUCUUAUUGUAUGAGGUUGACGUCUUUUAUUCUAAAUCUAUUUUGACCUCUAGUGUAUAUAUAUUUUUUUAUAUAUUGUUUCUAUCCAUUUGAAUGUAAUUUCAUGACUUUAUGAUAUUUCAUGUAACUACUUAGUGCUUCAUUUGCAUCUUAUAUCAAUAUAAUUAUCUAUUAUUUGUACAAUUUUUAUAUACUAACAUGACUUUUAAAAUAAUAUUGUUUAAUUAUAACUGUGUAUAAUUUGUUUAUGAUUAAAAUCUAUUUACUUCUACGCAAAAUAAUCUCAAACAUGAUUUUUUAAAAUUAAAGGUCAUGAAUAAUGAAGAAUAAUGCAGCUAAUGAUAAACAUGUUAUACCAAAAAAGCAUGUAUAUCAUGAUAUAUCAAAGAAAUUCAAAGUGUAAAUGACAAAAUGCUUAGUUCUAGCUAUAUCAACAGAUAACUUUAAUUAAUUAAAAAUGCAAUCCUUUUCAUUUAGAAU